UGUAACUAGGACGCAAUGAGUUUUACCGGUAAAGUGGCAAUUGUGACUGGUGCUAGCUCUGGUAUAGGAGCUGCGACAGCCGUAGCUCUUGCCAAAGAUGGUGCCAAGGUAGUCCUGGUGGCUAGAAACGAGAUCAAACUAAGUCAAGUCGCCCAGCAAUGCAAACAACACGACGCCAAGUAUCUCAUCAUCAAGGCUGAUGUCUCCAAAGACGAAGAAGUCAAAACCAUUGUGGAAAAAACUAUCGAUCAUUUCGGUCAGAUAGACGUACUGGUCAACAAUGCUGGAUUUGGCAAAAACGCAUCGAUACUAAACGAGAAUAUUAUGGAAUGUUUCGACCUCGUUAUGAACACGAAUCUGCGUGCAGGCGUCCUCCUAACGCACUUGGCUGCUCCACAUUUAGUCAAGACUAAAGGCAACGUCAUCAAUAUAUCAAGCGUUAUCUCUUUACGCAUUCCUUCAGAAGGUUAUCUGCCUUAUGCAGUAUCAAAAGCAGGGUUGGAUCACUUCACACGCUGCGUUGCUUUGGACUUAUCUCCUCACGGGGUAAGGGUCAACUGCAUCAACCCUGGACCCGUCAAAACCGAUGUAGUAGCGAAUGCAGGGGUCUCAAAUCCAGAUAUAGUAUGGGAGCACUGGAAAGCGAAAACGCUACUUAAGAGAAUAGGAGAGCCAGAAGAGAUCGCGGACUUGGUACUGUUCCUGGCAAGUGAUAAGGCAAGAAGCAUUACUGGAUCCACAUUUGUGUCGGAUAACGGAAUACUCUUGUCUUGAAUUAAAAUGAUUUUAUAAUUGUUCGUUAUAAAUA